CUCAUUUGCCUAAUAAUUCUGCACUCCCUGUAAAUGAUGACCUUCUUUCUUCGUGUAAAUAUUGCUGAUGAAAUGACCAUUUACUCAAGCAGAAAGCAUGCUCUAGUUGCUGUUGGCCCUCUGUUUGCAGCUAAGGGGCGAGUGGAGCUGCUCAAGACGAACCUGAGGGAGCUGGAGCUGGCCAGCGACGUGGACUUGGACAAGAUUGCUGAGCAGAUGGAGGGUUACACAGGAGCUGACAUCACUAACGUGAGCAGGGACGCAUCUCUGAUGGCCAUGAGGCGAAGGAUCAAAGGCCUCACUCCAGAGGAGAUGCGCAGACUUUCCCAGGAUGAGGUGGACAAGCCCAUCACCAUGGAGGACUUUGAGUCCGCUCUGAGGAAAGUGUCCAAAUCAGUUUCUGCAGCUGACCUGGAAAAGUAUGAAAAGUGGAUCGAAGAGUUUGGCUCCUGCUAAUAAAAUUUUAAGUGUGCAGCUUAGCGUAAGGCUUUGUGUUCCUGCUAACUGAAAUGUUUUCUCGGAUCUGAGAAAUGUGUCAGCUCUGGUGUAUCGAGCUGAUUGUUGAUACAAUUCAUUUUUGGACUUAAUCAUUUUAGUUGACUGGUCCUGAACAUGUUGCCAAAAUGUUCAAAUCGGAUAUAGCUGUUAGAAAAACUGACAAAACUAAGUCAGCAUUUACUGAAAUAAAAGGCCAAACAUGUUAUAUUAUUAGUUUAUUCUCAGUGUCGUUUUAUUGUCUUUGUGCUGGUGUAUCUGUCGGAUACAGAACCAGCCAAUUAAAUGUUGUUCCCUUUAUUGUUGUUCUUUUCACUUUGCACUUGAUUUUAUUUUAAACCGUAUGGCUCUAUAACACUUUUUCUUAUUAACA